CUAUCUCUAAAAUCAGGAACGGUUUUAUCCCAUCCAACACAUGCUUAUAGUCUCCUGUGGCCUUAACCCCGAGAUAUUCAUUCAUUCCCAUUUCCAAAUUACCAGCACGAGAUAGAGAUAUCGCUGAUGUUCUCCACCGCACGUUUCUUCCUCCCCGUCCGGCCCCGGCCGGACGCCACGAUCUCCGGCGGCCGCAAGCCAUACCUGGUCGCCGUCUCGGCGAGGCCACGCCGCGGCGGCUCCCGCCGCAACCGCUCGUGGGGAGACGGCGGCGGCGACGACGAGGACGGCGCCGCCGACGACCGCAUCGACGCCAACUUCUUCGGUGACGCGCGGGACGAGCCAGACCCGGAGCCGGAGGAUGCGGCUGCCUCGGGGCGGCGGCCCUCCUCGCCGGCGCCGGAGCAGGAGCCCGCGGGGCAGCUGCGGGGGUCGGACGUGCUGCGGGCGCUGGAGAGAGCGGCGGCGGCGAAGGAGGCCAAGAGGAGGAAGAGAGCGGGGGCGCGGCCAGCGGCGCGGCGGCAGGACGCCGGCGAGCGGCGGGGCGGCGAGCUGGCGGCGGCGGGGGCGGCGAGGCCGAUCGAGAUAAGGCGCGAGUGGGCGACGAGGAUCCGGGAGCUGGAGCUCCGGGUGAAGCAGCUCGUCGACAAGCACCAUCACUCACCACCCCCAGUAGAAGCGAAGCGUAGAUCACAGCGCUAAUUUGAAUUCAUAUUUCAAAAUGCAUCAUAGGAUUCCUCCAGAUUGUAUUGGUAAAUCGCAUCGAGAAUUUGAGAGUUCUGGCUGCUUUGUUUCAAAGGAGAUUGGGGAGAUUGUGACUCGUUUUCCACGUCCACGCUUCCCAAACUACUAAACGGUGCGUUUUUUGCAAAAAAUUUCUAUAGAAAAGUUGCUUUAAAAAAUCAUAUUAGUUCAUUUUUAAAAUUUAAAAUAGUUAAUACUCAAUUAAUCAUGCGCUAAUAGCUUACCUCAUUUUGCGUAUCUCCCCAAUCUUCUCUAUCUCCCUCUCUCAAACUCAGCCUUAGUACAGUUCAGGCUUGAACCCAUUGGGGAUUUGGAGUACAGUACCGAUCAGGAUUCAGAUUCGAUAGGCAAAUGCACGUUGGAUUCAGACCUGUGUAGGAUUAGUGAACUGAAGCAAGAAGAAACCAAAGCUUGAGGAGGCGAAGAGAAUGAUGCAUACCAUGGUCAUUUUGGUGCUUUGAUGCCUUUAGAGAGAAGGAAACAACAGGUUUUUCCGGUAGAUUGGGAUACUUCCCAGUUGUUGAUGCAUGAGUAAAACCAGGUUUUUUGGCUUCUGUGGGUGCACACGGCAGAGUAUUCAGAGUUCUUGUAAUGCCUAAACGAACUCCUUGUGUUUGUAACACUGGGAAUUUGGGAUACAACAUUAAUCAGGAUUCAUACUUUAGAGUGUA